CGCCGUUGAACGCACCUCCCGUAACCAAGGUGAUGACGCUCCUCUCCGUUACCAAGGCACUCUCAAGGCAAACACUAGCUCGGACCAGCUAGCCUAGCCGAUCUGCCAGAUAAUCUUAAAGCGAUGAUAUAAGCCCCCGUCCCUCCUCUGCCUCCUGUUCAGCGCAUUAACCGACUUUAACUUUGACUGUACGAUAGUUCACUAGAACCUUCGAGCACACGGCGACUUUAGCUUCUCGUCCGGCUGGCUGCGGGGCCUAAACUAGAGGCUGAAACACCCAUUUAACUUAGUGACAUUCACGUUAGCUCCACAGCCACCAUGGCUGAGUUUGGGUUUAAUGAACACCAUCAGAGUGAAGUCAUCAAUUACAUGCGAUUUGCACGUUCAAAGAGGCUCCUGAGACUAAAGACUAUUGACUCAUGCUUCGAGGAACUCAAAGACAGCAGGCUGUCGGACGAAACCUUCACAGUGGACGAAGUGAGGGAGAUGCUGGACGGGCUGCAGGCGGUGGUGCGUGGGGAGGUGGAGAUGGAGCUCAUCAACACGGCCCACACCAAUGUGCUGCUGCUCCGGCAGCUCUUCUCACAGGCGGAGAAGUUUUAUCUCCGACUGCAGAGUGAUAUCUCCGAGCUGGAGAACAGGGAGCUGCUGGAACAAGUGGCUGAAUUUGAGAAGACUGACUUUAAAACCGCCGAUAAGAUCAACCAGGAAACAAGCAAACCCAAGCUAGCACCUCUGAAUGAAGGUGGGGUGUCAGAACUUCUUAACAAGGAGAUAACGAGACUACAGGAGGAAAACGAUAAGCUGAAAGCCAGGCUGCGGACUUUAGAGAGCCAGGCAAUGAGUGCACUCGAUGAGAAAUCCAAGGCAGAGAGAGCUCUGAAAGACCUUAAGAAGACCCAAGGUGAACAGCAGCUGGCUGCUAAAUCCCAGGAGAUCAACAGUCUCGAGGACACAGUGGCAGCUCUGAGGGAGGACUACGAAAGGACUCUUAGCGCCAACGCUGUAUCCCAGAAGGACCUGCAGGAGAACCUGAUCUCUUCUAAACACGAGCUUCUGCGAGUACAGGAGCAGUUGGCCUUGGCGGAGAAGGAGUUGGAGAAGAAGUUCCAGCAAACCGCGGCCUACCGCAACAUGAAGGAGAUCCUAACCAAGAAGAAUGAGCAGAUCAAAGAUAUUAGGAAACGAUUGCAGAGAUAUGAGCCCAACGAAUGAGUUCUACCCAAGGCAGCUGGUUAAACAGGUGGCCAGAGAGUGAGACAGAAAAAUUUAUGACUGUGGUUUGGACAAGAAACCACCAGUUCCACUGCUGUAAGACAAGAGAGACAGAAAAAAAGCACUUCCACAAGGAAUUGUUUAUUCAUGCUUUAUCUGGCAUCUUCAGUAGUUAUUGGCUUUAGUAGAGAGCGGGGCGCGGGGAGGUUGGCAGUACACCCAACUGAACACGCAAAUGAGCCUUCUUCAGCUGUGCUUUUUUUUCUACGUCUCAAUUUGGAGCUCACUUACAGUAGCUAGCAGACUUCCCUCAGUGCUCUAUGCAAUUACUAUCAUGUCCCUGUUUGAAGAGGCCUUGUCCAUUUGUUGAUAUUGGACAGAUAUGUACUGUCUGCCUGAAGCUUUGCAGUCUUAUCUAUCUGAUGAUUAUAGGUAAUAUUUAGCUUUCUAGCACCGGGUGUUUAGUCUUAAUUUUAGCAGCCCCCCCUUUUUUUUUUGUAAGUCAGUUUUUAUUGAGUUUGACCCAAGCCGGUUUGUUUAUUAAUGGUGAACAGCUUCAAUGUUUCCUGAUGCUUUGAGGUCACCCCUUGCUUUAAUUUGUUACCCUAAAACUAGCAUUUCACACACAGAUAUUUCCAAUGAUGCGACAUUCUGCGAAAGUCUUAUCAUCGAAGAUAUACCAAAUUUUCUUGCGUUUAUUUUUUCUGCAUAUUGAACGACAAUGGGUAGUGAUCUAGAACGGUUUCCUUACUUCCCUACACAAAGGGCAUAGAAUAUUUUUGUCUGGAAUCUCUAACUGUGUACUUUUCGUAUUGCUGUGGGUGAUGGAGUGUAAGAGAGAGAAAAAAAAUAUAUACAUGAUGUUCAUGAAGUAAUGCUCUUGUAGAGUAUGAUACAUCUACCCUAUAUUACACUAGAUGUGCAUUUGUUUGUAUUGUGCAAAGUAUGGGGUAAUAAAAAGCUGUUACCAAAUAUAUGUGGUCAUUAUUAGUGAGUUAAGUCAUUGCAGGGAGGCAUCGUCAUAGUGUUUUACAUUUUUAAUCAUCUAAACAUUAAAUCAAUUUUAAGAAGGAUGAUUUUAUUCUAACAUUUGCAUUACAUGAUGUAUCAGACUGCAACAUGCCCAGAGUUUCUCUCUCUUCUGGCCCAGCACAUGCCGGGAUUGGCUUCAUGGUGUUGUGUCACUGAUAAACAAUAAAAAGGUGGAAGAAUUAAAAUAUGAAUGAAUCAAUUAUGAUACAUUUAAGACGUUGUAAACAUCACUGUGUCUGGGGCUCAGCAAGGGGGCGCCAUACUGCAAUGAUGCACAGUUUAUUAAACUGUAUACAUCUCUUCAUAAACCAUGAAAACAAUGAAGGAGAGUAGGGGGAACAUAUGUGCACAUGACUGAGGAUGGUGCACGCUUUAGUAGUCCCCGAGCCUCCUCCUGAAUUCCCUUGAUACCUCAAUCAUCAUGACGAGGGUGGAUGCAAACACUGUGGAGUGGAGUAUGAACAGUAACAAUUUCAAAGCAAUAAGGCUUUUUUUUUUCUUUAUUAGAUAGGACAUGUUUAUAGAGAGAGAGAGAGAAAAAGGGGGAUGAAAUGCAAUUAUUGCCCUUGGGUUAGACUGGGGAUGUUGCUGUUCUUGUGUUCGUUGCAUGUCUGUCAAAGCAGGGAAGCCCCACGUUUGCAUACAUUAUCUCCUUCAUGCGGGACUGUUAUGAUGGAGUCUUUAUUGGUUCUGUAUAAUGUUAUUCUGAAUCAAAGAGACUGACCGAUUUAGUACGAUAAGACAAGAGAACCUCCCCCACUUGCUGAGCAGAAUAAAUAUCAGGAAACCAGUAAGCGACACAAAUGUUCAUAUGGUCGUGAGGUGCAACCUUCUUUAGCACCUUUCUUAUUUUUUGAUUCAACACAUUUAAUCACUUCAUCUGCUUGCCUCGCAUGUGUUUACCAGAGUAGAAUGAGAUUGUGGCGAGGUGGUCACCAGUCAACCGUCAACCCCUUGUUGUUUUCAGUGAAACUCCUCAAGCCACAGUCUGCCCUGACUUAAACUUCUGUUUUUGUUUUGUUUUUUUCUUUUUCUUUUUUUGCGUCACUUGAGUCACUUUUCGUAUUAUAGGUGCAGAAAAAAAAGGGGUCUGGGUAAAAAG